AUGGAAAACAGCAGCCCACCCGACUACCAAGCGCUCUAUUUGAGGGCAGAGGAGGAACGCCAGCGGGAAGCAGAGCUUAGGAAACAAGCAGAGCAGGAAAGGGAUCAGGGGAGAGAACAGACACGACAAACAACCUUUGCUGAGCUUAUUCGAUUCUGUCACGUCUAUUUUUCUCGAUCCCUGCGAGCCGAAAGUCCGUCUCGUUCUACAACAGGGAAGAUACCAGCACCUACUGGGAAACGCUGUCCGCUGCAGCUUCUGCACUGGACUAACUGUGCAGCCGAGCAGCAAAAGGUCUAUCGCUCUGUUUGCGCCUAUCUUGCACCGUCCAAUCAGCCUGCCGCACGUUUAUUCUCGCCUCGCCUUGCGCUAAAGGACUUGGGGCAACGAUUUAGCAAGAGGGCAAUAAGCAGUGAGCAGGAUUUGGAAAGCUACGAGCGGUUCGGCGUGGAGGAUUAUGUUCGUGACAUCAUCACAGAGCUCUGCAAGAUACCUACUGCUCGAGAGGAAUUUCGCUUGGGCGAUGCAAUCCAAUUCGACAACCACGCUAACGCCCUCGAUGCGGUUGACGCCGACCAGUCGCAAACGGAUAAACCGUCGAGUUCCCGACGCUCCCGACCAGACCAAUAUUGUAUACACCGUGUCGACGGUAAUAGUAGUACCAUUAUCAUGACAGUUGAGUACAAGCCGCCCCAUAAACUAUCCGUGGAGAAUCUUCGAGCGGGUUUACGACCGAUGCAAUUCUGGGAGGAAGUGAUCAGACCGGACUCCGUUCCCACAGAGGGGCCCGAGAAAUUGAGAUAUAAUGCAGCCUGGCUAACCGGCUCGGCUGUGGUUCAGGAGUAUCAUGUCAUGCUCCAGGAAGGGCUUGAGUACUCAUAUCUGACUAAUGGAUUCGCAAUUGUUUUGCUACGGGUCCCUUAUGAUGAUCCGGGCACCUUAUACUACCAUCUCUGUGAACCCAACAUGGAAGUUUACGCGGAUGAUGAACUGAGUUCUCUACAACAACCGCUAACAGCUGUUGCUCGGAUAUUGUGCUUAUGCCUCAUGAGUUUCCGCUCGCAAUAUCGUGACCAGGAGUGGCGGAAUGCCACAAAGAAGCUGCCAGAGUGGAAGACAAGUUUCGAUCAUACACGUUCGCAGAUCCCGGAAUCGGAAUUGCAACAAAUCCCGCCGGAUUCAGAAUACACAGCAUCGGAGUAUACGAGCUCCGAACCUACUACAUCAGAAUAUAUACCGUCUUCGUCUCCUGCUCCAUCUCCCGCCGAUGGCCGUCGAAUACCCACCCGGUCUCGAGCUAGCUGCGCGUCGCCGAAUCUGACUCCACGUGACGAUUCUGAUUCUGAUGCAGAUCAAGCUCCGGGAGGAAUAAAGCGUGGAUUCAGCCAGGUUACAUCAUCUCCUUCGUCUCCAUCUGUUCAACGAUCAGCACGUCUGGCGGGACCUCAAGAUACUCCGAGCAGCAGCCAAGGUCAGCAGCAUACUGCACGGUUUUGCGCCCAGAAAUGUCUACGUAGCCUGCAACGAGGUGGUCAGCUGGAUGAUAAUUGCCCCAACGUCAUGCUCCACCGACGGGGAGGGAACAGCAGCCAACACCCCAUCGAUGCCGAAACGCUGAUCAAGCAACUCAAACAGCAACUAGAUGAAAAUAUCGACCGAGACUGCACACCUCUGGGGGGUUGUGGCGCAUCGGGAGUGCCAUUUAAAGUCACUUAUACAGCAUAUGGAUAUACUAUGGUCGGUAAAGGAACAACUUCCCGACGGUGGGACGAGGUCAAACGUGAGGAAGACGUAUACCGUGUACUCGACCAAGCACAGGCUUCUGCUGUUCCUGUUUUUCUGGGGGCAAUCGAUUUGGCCAAAUCCUACUUCGUACAUGGAGCUGGCGAGAUCUGCCACAUGCUUAUCAUGGCCUGGGGGGGUGAGCCCAUACAUAAGAUAGAGCGUGACACUACGAUCACACGUGAGAUUGCGAGGUCUGAGAAGGAGAUCUGUUCCUUGGGAGUCUCACACCAGGACCUCCGGUCGGACAAUAUUCUGUGGAACGCCGAGCUGGGACGGGCCCUGAUCAUUGACUUUCACUGCUCGAAACUGAAUCACCGACCUAUGAAAAGGCGGGUGAAGUCACCCGGGAGGCAUCCGUGUAGAGAACUGCACAAGCGAAAACGACUUUGUAUUGUCUAA